AAUUUGUUCUCUGUUGUUUAAAUUCGUGAUAAGAUAGGAUAGUAACCCUAACCGUUUAUUAUUUUUUGUAACGCCGAUCUUAAUUAGUUGCCGCAUUGCGAUUUUUCAUUUCAUAGCGUAAGGUUUAAGUUCUCCAGAAUGAAAGCAGUUGGCAUUUUCCUAAUAUGUCUGGCAUGUUCCUUUGGAGCGAAUCUUGCGUUUCCAAAUCCGUGCCCAAUGGAAACUAAUUGCGGUGAGGUGGAUGAGACAAGUUCCAUUUGCGGAUUAGAUGAGGAAAGGGGUUGUAUUCGAAAAUUUCCAUCCAAGUGCCAUAUGGAUCAAGCAUUUUGCGUGGAAGGAAGAAAUUUCACCGACUUUAGUGAGGAAUACUGCUCAAUGGAAUCGUAUCUCUGUGAGAUUUCACCCACAUACGAACGCUGGACCAUUUUCUUUGGGCAUGAGGAUUCGGAUUAAAUUCAAGUGUGAAAAGCGCUGC